AUUCCGGGGCCCUCAAGACUCGGCCGGUUCCCGAGGUUUGUCUCUGUGGAAGAGGCUUGCGCGUGAUUCCGAGAAGCCGCUGCCUUCAAAGGAACGUUUUUGUCCUACAACUUUGAGGCCUCUCGGGGGAGCCUAGAAACUCAGGCGCUUGUCCUUUGACCCCGCUCUCGCGGCGGGGUGAGAGGUCGGGUGGCCAUCUUGUGCCGGCGGCGCGGGCGGCUGUUACUGCGGAGAUCCAUCCCUGCCCCCUCCGCCCGCCCCCGCCCCCCGCCGUCUGUCAGUCAGCCGAGCGUCCCGCGGUCCGUCAGGUGAGGCCUGGGCCCGGGGCGGUCGUCCUUCCCGUCGCACUGGGCGGCCCCCAGGCUGGUCCCUGCCGGGCUGCACCCGCCGCACCGCCAGUAUGUCCUCCUUCUCCGAGUCGGCGCUGGAGAAGAAGCUCUCGGAGCUGAGCAACUCCCAGCAGAGCGUGCAGACCCUGUCCCUGUGGCUCAUCCACCACCGCAAGCACGCGGGACCCAUCGUGUCCGUGUGGCACCGCGAGCUGCGCAAAGCCAAAUCAAACAGGAAGCUUACUUUCCUGUACUUAGCAAAUGAUGUCAUCCAAAAUAGUAAAAGGAAAGGACCUGAGUUCACUAGAGAAUUUGAAUCUGUCCUUGUGGAUGCAUUUUCUCAUGUUGCCAGAGAGGCAGAUGAAGGCUGUAAAAAACCUUUAGAAAGAUUGCUGAACAUCUGGCAAGAAAGAAGUGUAUAUGGCGGCGAGUUCAUACAGCAGCUGAAGCUGUCUAUGGAGGACUCCAAGAGCCCUCCCCCCAAAGCAACAGAAGAGAAGAAAUCUUUGAAACGAACUUUUCAACAGAUACAAGAGGAGGAAGAUGAUGACUACCCUGGAAGCUAUUCUCCCCAAGAUCCUUCUGCAGGACCCCUCUUGACUGAGGAGCUUAUCAAAGCUUUGCAGGAUCUGGAAAAUGCUGCAUCAGGGGAUGCUACUGUUCGACAGAAGAUUGCUUCUCUGCCCCAGGAAGUGCAAGAUGUAUCUCUAUUGGAAAAAAUAACAGACAAAGAGGCAGCUGAGCGUCUUUCAAAAACAGUAGAUGAAGCAUGUCUGUUACUAGCAGAAUAUAACGGACGCCUGGCAGCAGAACUGGAAGACCGCCGCCAGCUGGCGCGGAUGUUGGUGGAGUACACCCAGAACCAGAAGGAUGUUUUGUCAGAAAAGGAGAAAAAGCUAGAAGAAUAUAAACAGAAGCUUGCACGAGUAACCCAGGUCCGCAAGGAGCUGAAGUCCCACAUUCAGAGCUUGCCUGACCUCUCACUGCUACCCAACGUCACUGGGGGCUUGGCCCCCCUGCCCUCUGCUGGUGACCUCUUCUCAACUGACUAGGACAGGUGUCAUGCCCCAGAUUUCCAUCUGUGCCAGAAAAAGUGGGCAAGUCAUGGUUAAGAUAACCAUCUAGCCCCUGGUUCUCUCCUUCCUCCGCCCCUCCGCCUCAAGAAAGAACCACAGACUCUGAUGUUCCCUUCUCUUCACUGGCCUCUCCUCUUGAGCAGAAUUCAGGACAGUGUGAGUGGAAUCUGAUUUAGAUUCUUAUCUGCAAAGAUAAGCUUCCUCCCACCUCAUGUUUUCAUGCCCCUGUUGGCUUUCCAUUCUUAGCUCUCGUAUACCCAAGAAGCUCUGGAAAUCAUGUGUACGUCUGGAAGCAGAGACAGUGUGUGUCACGGAAGCUGCUUUUCCUUUCCCAGCUGGGUUAGACAGGUUUGAGACAGGCUCCCACUGAGGGACUCCCUCUGCUCAUGUUGGCUUUCGUGGAGAUUGGUGACACAGCCAUUGGGCAUCCUUAGUAAGGAGUUUUCCAAGUGAUAAUAAUUCUCCUGUAUCAUUUGUAAGCAAACGAUAGUCAAGGUUAAGUGCAUUUGUGAGCAAAUACAAGAAUCUAGCAAUAAGAUUCAAAGCUGAGUUAGGACAGAGUCGUAGUUCAGAGACGGGGUAACAGAAACCAGCCUUCCAAGGUUGCAGUUCUCAGGGGCCUGCCCACCAUCUGUAGAGCUUCCUCCUUACAUGAGGAUCUUUUGACUCCUUGUACUUGUGAAGGUGGUUUCUGAGAAUGGCACUGGUGGGCUGAAUGAAGGCUUCUCCUGAAGCAGACAUGCCAAGUCCUGACUCUGCCUGGUGUUGCUUUGAACCCUUCUUUUGGGAGUACGGUACACUAAUGUUUGAUCCACUGUGUGGAUGUGUGCCCAGAGUAUGUUGACUGAACUUGAGCCUCUCCACAGAUAGGACCGAGCAUGUCUGUCAGUGUAUGACACCGUACGUAUCCAUACAUUUGCAUCACAUUUUACUGAACAGCUCAUCUCAGCAGGAGAAGGGGGACAGAGAGGGUGUUAAUUUGGGGUUUUAAUUCCAUUAUCAUGCCAACUGACAUUAUGACUAAAUAAUGGAGAGAGGAAUUUUGUAUCUUGCAUAUAGUAAAGGUUGGGCUUGCUACCCAUAAAUCAACCUUUUUUGGCAGGCUUAUCUCUGACAUUGGAAAAGGCAGAAAACAAUGCCUAAUAAGUAGUCUAACAGGAAUUAGAGCCUCAGGGCUGAAAUCCAAAAGCUACAAAAAAGAAAAAAGAGUCGGUGAAUAGGGCUUGAGAAUCUACAGUAUUUUGAGUUGCUGUUUUCAGGCUUACCAAAAAUUACACGGGCUUUGCCAUGUGACAGCGUAGCUCUUCAUUCCCUUGGCGAUGCUAUCCUGCAAGCUGUGAAGUGAGGGCCUUGGAGAAACCCAGCAGGCACUCCCUCACUCUUGCCCUCUGUAGGACCCAGUGGUGCUUGAAGCUGUUCAGAUUUGAAUACAUACGGUCUGUAUGCUGUUUGCUUAUUGGUACUGCCUGUCACUCCGUCACUGUUAAAUUAAUAGGUUUGUAUAGCUUCCCUCCAGAGGCCACAGGGCAGUGGGUGGCAUUGCCGAAACUGCAAGGUGACCUGUCGUCUGGACUCUGUGUGUCCCUUCCUCAUACUGUGUGUGCUUUGUCUCACUUAGAUGAGCUUGUUUCUCAACAGACCCAACUCCCACUUUUCCAAAGAAGUAGAAUUUUACCAGCCACAAACCAGCCAAAAGACUGCAAUAGAAAUUUGUUCUUACCAGCUAGGUGAAAAGAUUACAAUACAAUGAAUUUAGCCCACUACUAUGUUUUAUCCAUCUGAGUCUUUGACCAGCAGUGGGUGCAUUAUCAUUACAGCCAGAGCAAGAAAUGAACCCAUAGCAAUUAUGUAAAUGAAUGUGUUAGCUUCUUAACACCUGUUAUUAGUAGACUUCCUGUGAGGAAGUUAGUUUUGUUGAUUUUAAUGAAAUGCUUUUUAAUUUUUAAAUCUUAAUUCUCUGCCCCUCCACCUCCCAAAGCAGGCUUCUUGGUUUAAUUUAAAUGAUACUUGUCGGUAAAAGGUGAUCUGCCAGCUCUGUGGGGUGGGUUGGUUUUGGUUUUGUGUCUUUUCUUCUUUAUUUAGGGCAUCUAUAGGCCUCAAAGGACCCUACUUUUAGGUCGUAUUCCUCAGAAAGUCUCCAAUCUUCCUUUUGUUUUUGUUUUGUUUUUCUUAAAGAAUAUUUUUAAAGCUUAAAUUUGUAUAUUAAUUUAGGACUUUUAUUUAGAAGUAUAGGCUGCCAUUGGUGGGCAGCAGUAUAUUCUGAAAUGUCUCAUAGAUAUAUAUUUUUGAAUAAAGAUGGUGUUGUUGAACAACA